AAAAGUUACGCAGCGGGGAGAGGAUUCAAUGAACUGGGACUCUUUGCUGCACUAAGUGUAGGUUUAGAUGCUGAACGGCGUUCAAACUACUUAUUGGAACUUAAUCGGUAUCAUGAUAAUGUAUUGAUUCUCCUAGAGUUCGACAUUGGUGGAUCGUGUGCGUUAAAAGCAAACCAGCAAUGACAGUGAUUCAGGCAGCGAUCGAUACUAUGUACUACCCAUGUAUAACAGGAUAAAUACGCAAAGUGGAAGCUGUACCUUACAGGCAAAUUCAGCAUUAACUAACCUGGUCGUUCCUCUGCUGCAGGAGACUAUUGUUCCACUCGUGUAUGGUAAUCCACUGCGACAAGUUCUCCCAACUACUAUGCAGCAAAACGCUCCACAGACGCCAUGGGCCGUCAGAGAAGUCUUGUCCCCGGGUGUCUUACGCCACGUCCCGUCGCCUGAGAGCGCAUAUGGGCGGCCUGCGAUGGCGCAUAAUUGGUCCUCCUCACUUUGGGCUUAGAGGCAACGUCGUCCCGGCCGGUGAUGAUCAGCCAUAUCGCUGCUGUGCUGUGUGAGUCUCUCCCAAAGUGGAGGUGGCGGUGUUAUCCCGGAAAACACCGCAAGGGGUUGUCUGCGUGCGUGGGUGCGUGAGCCUGUGUGUGUGACCACACACUCCGCUUCAACCCUAUUAUGUUGAAUAGGGGAUAAUAUACUAUUAUUUAGGAGAGUGGGGUUGUCUUGUGUGAAAUUAUUUAUUUCUUUUACUUUUCUUUUAAAUAACAUGAAUUAUCUGUCAUGAAUAAAAAUGAGUGUCAUUGAAACUGACGCAAGUUGAACUGCAAUAGUAUAAUUUGGCCGCUAGAGGUCCCUCGUUGUUUUACUAUGACCGGAAGUUAGCAUAGAAGUUGUUGUCUAUGUUGUCAGGGGCACCAAGCUAGCGCCCCGUUAUGUUAGCUACUAACAGAUUAGGGGAUUUAGUUCAAAAUCACAUGUUUACCAACGCAAUAAGACGUUUAAUUAAUUUUCAUAUCCUCGUUUUUUAAUCUGACCGAAAAACUCUCUGCUUUUUAAUUCGAAAUAGUCUUCUGUUGGGUUAGCGAUCCCGGCGAAUGUUGUUAAGAAAUACACAUCGACACUGAAAUAAUUGAGAUUCAACUAAUCGAAACAAAACAUGGAAACAAUUCAGGACCGUCUACAGCAGCAGGAGGAUUCGGGCGUCAGCGAUGAUUCACCCCCAUUGCCUUUCAAGCCUCACCUCCGCAACACUCGAUUGACCGCCCAGAGGAGCAGCGUCUGCUCUCGGGCAUACUUCGUCGUGGUGAUGGUGUUCUUUCACGUCUACAUCCUGAAUGUUAUCGCUCUGUUGCUGUACGUGCACUACAAUAAUGGCCACAGCCACCCUGUCGGUGACGACCAGGCUUCCACUCCAUCCGCCAGCGAGAGUGAAAGCCCAUCUCUUCAUCCAUCGCCUCCUCCAAGAGAACCUGGAGUGGUGGAGCACAGCCAUAGCUUCAGACUUCAUCGCAUUGAGGGAAUCAGAGUGGGACAUGUUCAGCCAGUUUCGCUUGUGUCUGAUAGAACUCAUAAGAUGAAGACCCUCAGCUUGAAGCCUCUGUUAUUUGAGAUCCCUGGCUUCCUGUCUGAGGAGGAGUGCCGAGUGGUGGUGCAGCUGGCUCAGCUGAAGGGUCUGAUGGAAAGCCAGAUGACAGCAGGGAGCCAGGAUCAAGACGAGUUCAACCAGCCACUUUUUUCCCUGAGCACCGAAGAGGUCUUCAGUCUGUUGGAUCUCAACCAAGAUGGACUGCUGCAGAAACAGGAGAUUAUGAGUCACUCACACUCGCAAGAUGGGACUUGGUUGAGUCCGGACCACUUGCGUCAGAUACUCACUGGUCUGAAAGUCUGCUCAACAGGCCUGAACCUGGAGGAGUUUAAGCGUGUUUACGAUGUGUCCCAAAGCACAAAACAAGAACAAAGUGAGAAGCUUCGGAGUCUGUUCAAGCAGAGAAGCAAGCACACGUGGCUUCAUCAAGGCCCGGAAUCCCAUCAUGUGUUACAGACGCUAAGGAGCCGAGUAAUCAGCCUUACUCGUCUCCCUACCGCUUUGGUGGAGACGAGCGAGCCGCUACAAGUAUUUCGUUAUGAGCUCGGCGACUUCAGCGAUGCCCAUCAUGACAGCAGCUCAACCCGUGCAGAGGCCGCCUGCGCACACACUCGACUAGCCGGAAAUGCGUCCAUUUUCACAGAGGUUCCCUGCAGGUAUCUUACUGUGUUACUCUACCUGAGCUCUGCAGAGGAGGGUGGCGAGACCACGUUUCCCGUGGCGGACAACCGUACCUAUGACGAGCAUGCACUGAUCCAAGAUGGAGUUGAUUUAGCAGACACCCGGGAGACGUGUGAGCGAGGGAACCUGAGGAUAAAACCCACCGUGGGGACGGCACUCCUCUUUUACAACCAUCUCUCUGAUGGUCAAGGUUGGAUGGGUGAGCUCGAUGAGUAUUCCCUGCAUGGAGACUGCCCAGUCAAGCACGGCGUUAAGUGGGUCGCCCACUGCUGGGUGAAUGUGGACCCAGACCACCAGCAGCAGGCCCGUUACCAGAGACUAGUUGCUGAAAGGUACCAAGCUAAAUCAGGCACGGACGAACAUGCCCAACCACUAUCACACAUUGACCUCCACCAGGACCUCUAACGAAGCCCUUGUAACUACUUCUUAAUUCAUGUUUACCACAAUGUUACAUACGAUUAUGUAUACACUGAGGGCAAACAAUUUGAACCAUGUCUCUAUCGCUUCAAUCAAUCUUCUAUAGUUAUAUAAAAAUUUAAUACAAUAGUGUUCCGGCAUCACAAUAUGCCCUUUUUGUCAGUUUUACAAGGGACGAUAACGAUUAUUAUAAAGCUCAGGUGGCCCGAUAUCUUUAUGUCGUUUUUAAAAUCCAUAAAUAUAUUACCAUAAAUCGCAAGUUCAAUUCCAUAUCAGAUAUUUAAGGAGAAAUGAAUUACAUUGAGUUAGUGCAAUCAUGUAUAUCAGGUCACUUUACUGUAAGCGGCAUCCGCCACAUAUGAUAUUAUAGCUGUACAAUUGAAGUCUAUGUUAUGGAGCCAUUUUGCAACAUUUAUGAAUAUGUUAUUUCAAUAAUGUUUGCCACAGGUACUGCACACUCAAGUCUGGAUUUUGCUUUAAAAAGCUGCUGAGUACAAUUUUCUGCCAGUCCUUCAAGAAUGUCAGAUUUAUUUAUACUUGUUAUUUAUUUAUAGCUUUAAUCAUAUGUAGUUGUCAGAAUAUUUAUUUAUUUAUUUAUUUAUCACUGUUGCCCUGUUAAAUUAUUGGAAUACAUACGCAUUGCUGUUGAACAGAAAUAUGUAUUUGUAUAUCAUUGUGUUCUAUGAAAUGAAGUUUAUGAAACUGUUUAA